AUGUUUUUACUCCCGGGUAUUUGUCUGCUCGUGCAACCUUCGCAAGCCAGCACGAACACUAAUCUCGAAGGCUGGCAAUUCGAUGACAAUUCCCGAUCAACAUGGACGAUAGUGUGGACAUGCUUUUCUACGAUCCUCGCCUGCACGUGGACUGUUCUCCGCAUCGAUGUCCCACCCCGCAGCUGGAAUGGAGUCCAGCGCAACGCCGUCAAAAUCACCCUAUGGCUGCUAACCGUGCUCUGUCCCGAAGUGAUAGCUUGGGGUGCGGUAGUCGAGAUGUUUAUGGCGAGGAGUAUAGCUACUUCUUGCAAUUCUGCUCAGUCUUUGGUGAAUGAGCCAAAAGACGAAGUCCAAAGGCAACCGGUGCCCUCUUGGAGUAUUACUCAGGGGUAUUGUGUCAAAAUGGGCGGUCUAGCUUUACAGACGCAGGAUGACUGGCUGUAUACCAUCACACCAAGGAAUAUACUGGUAUUUAUCCGAGCUGGGAUAAUUACUUGCUCUGAUUUUCAUGAUGAGGACAUCCAAGACCGAGCGAAGGUUGAUGCCCUGGGUAUGGUGGUCACGGUUUUACAGAGCCUCUGGGCGAUGUGCAAUAUCGUAACACGAGCGGCUUACUCGCUGUCUAUAUCGCCGCUUGAGCUAGGGACGGUCGCAUAUGUCGCCUGUGGAAUGUUUCUUUAUGGCUUCUGGUGGAACAAGCCCAAGGAUAUGGCUACCACGAUCAACAUACCCUUACGAUAUAGUCGAGGCAAUAUCCCGGAGGAAAUCAGGCGGGCUAUGGAUGCAAGUCCGCAGAGCUGGAUUCACCUACGAGGUCUUCCUUCUGAGAGUACACCUCCGCCCGCCCCAAGGGAUAGCUCAGGGCGUUUCACAUUUUUCUUUGCCGAUGGACCGGCGCGGUUUCCUUCUCCCAGUGAAGAUAGUGCAGUGCGAUUAUCUCAUGGCGGGAAAGCUUUAACUGCUGUCUUUGCCACGUUCAUUGCUAUUUUUUUUAGUGGGAUUCAUGUUGCUGGAUGGAAUUUCACAUUCCCCACAGAAGCUGAAAAGAUAGCAUGGCGAGUUUUCACGUUAAUUGCAAUUUCAUCAUCCUUCAUCCCACUGGUUGUUGCCCAAGGGCCUCUGAUCGCCGUGUGGCUUGCGGAAAAGAAACUGCUCCCUUCGUGCGUGAAGAGCCUGGGGGAUCCGAAUUCUCCCGUCACAAUGCUCGAGAUUGUGCUUGCCGAUGGAUCAUUGUAUGUGUAUUUUAUAGCACGUUUUGGGACCCUUGCGCUUAUGCUCUCGUCGUUGAGGGCGCUUCCAGCUGAUUCUUACAUUACCCCGGAUUGGUUGUCUAGCAUCCCGCAUAUAUAG